CCCAUCCAGACCCGGAUGUCUAGGCCUGACUCCCAACCCCCUCCAACCCGUUUCCCCGCAGAGGCAAGCACCCAGUCCUUCGAGGUGCAGGUGCUCACCCAGGUGAAGGGCUUCCUGGGCCACAACGUGACGCUGCAGUGUAAGGUGCAGACACAGGAGGACGACCUGCAAGUGACGCUGGUGACCUGGCAGCGGCAGGACUCCACGGGGGUCCCCCGCACCGUGGCUGUCUUCCACCCGACCCAGGGCAGCAGCUUCCCUGAGAGCAGGCGGUUGGAGUUCGUGGCCGCCAGGCCCCGUGAGAAGCUGCGGGACGCGUCGCUGACGGUGUUGGAACUGCAAACAGGGGAUGAGGCGAACUACACCUGCCACAUCGCCACGUUCCCGCAGGGCAGCAAGAGCGCCCGCACCUGGCUCCGUGUGCUGGCCAAGCCCCGGAACAAGGCUGAGAUCCAGGAGGUCCCGCUCCGCCCGCUCGGCCAGGAGCCCGUGCCUGUGGCCCGCUGUGUCUCCACGGCAGGCCGCCCACCCGCGAGAAUCUCCUGGUCCUCGGGUGAGGAGGUGAAUGAGAGCCAGGAGCCGGGACCAGUGCCCGGCACAUUCAACGUCGUCAGCCUCUUAACCUUAACACCCUCGAGCCGGGUGGACGGCAAAAAUGUCACCUGCACAGUGGAGCAUGAGACCUUCGAGAAGCCUGUCCUGCUGCCUGUGACCCUCAGUGUGCACUACCCCCCCGAGGUCUCCAUCUCCGGCUAUGAUGACCACUGGGACCUCGGCCGCAGUGAAGUCACCCUGAACUGUGACGUCCGCAGCAACCCGGAGCCCACAGAAUACGUCUGGAGCACGACCACAGGUUCCCUGCCACGCUCUGCCGACGCCCAGGGCUCCCAGCUCCUGCUCCAUCCCGUGGACGAGUCCAUCAACACGACUUUUAUCUGCCAUGUCACCAAUCCCCUAGGGACAGGCGAGGCAGAACAGACUGUCCUGUUCAGAGGAGAACAUCCCAGGGAUCAGUCCUCUGGGACCACCACCCUGGUCGUGGGCCUAAUCGUGGUUGGUCUGGUUGUGGUUGUUCUGGCUUUUGUCCUGUGGUACAGAAAAACACACUCCCCUCUGGGACGAGGUACCCCCAUGUCAAGAGCAGAGCUGGCCCUAGCAUUCAGUGUCCCUGCCACCCACCUGUGUCAACUUCCCGUGCUUCCCACACGGUCCUCCAUCCCUGACGACUUCUCCUGUUUCUCCUGUUUCCCAGGUCGGAACCAACGCAGACCCCCGGAUAACAAUGAGGUCUCCUAUUUAGCUGUCAACUCUGAGGCCAGCUCUCCCCAGGACCUGCAGGCAGACGGCACAAGGUGACGCCUCCCGGACUGAAUGGAGGGAGACUGCAGCCGGCGAGGACGAGGGCCUUGCAGCUGGACCCCGCCGCCACGGGUGAAGUCUCUCUCCAAAGAAGCAGACCGCCCUCUCUGUGCCAGGCCUCAAGAUGCCCCCUCUGUGUUGCAAGGCAGCGGGCGGGUGUCCGUUCAGAGCCCCCAGAGCCCCCUCAGGUUCAGCGUGCUCACUAAGGACUCCCAGAACUCAGGGUCGGUGCCACACUCCGGGCCACGGUUCAGUGAGGUUCCUGUCAGCGAUGUGAUCAGUGGGAGGGCAGAGCCCGGGAGAGACCCGGCCCGCUCACCCGCUUGUCCGCUCCUGGGGGAGACACACGACAGCUCUUCCUUCUCCCAGGAGCAACACAUGACAACAUACAGGGUUCCAUCAACUGGAAAACUCAUCCCAGGCUCGGCUUCCAGAGUUUCCGCUGGGGGUCAGGCAGGUAGACGCGGCCGACCUUCGUCUCAAGCACCUCCUUAGGUCAAGCCAAUGUGGUGGCCCGGGGCCACCAUCAAUCGCACUACUAGCACCGCUGUCCUUGGGGAAACAAGGACUGCUAUCAGCCAGGACACUGCAAGAGCUUAGAGGUUAUCUCCCGUGACAAAAGGUCAGCUCUCUCUCUGGGCAAAAUCCAUCUCUUCCUGCGCUGCGGGGUCAUGGGGUCACACUGGAUGUUCCAACUGCCGGGGAAUUUUGAUGAGACUUCUUUUACCUUCGGCCUUGAGCUUCCGAAUCUCCACGUCAGUUGAAUUUCUGUGGCUCCAA